AGUGUACCAAAUCUUGUCCAUCGAUUCCGUGAUCCAUCUGUACCCACCUUAGCGCACGCUUCUAGUCGCUUCGCAGCACACUGCAAAAUUGCGUUGCCCGAGAGUCCGUGUGCAGCAAAAUCAAUCCCGACAGCACGCUACGAUUUGCGUUAUAAAUCCGUGGCGCUCGGCUCAGGAGUGCGGCGCAGUGUCGCGGCGGCGUAACCCUUUGCGCAAGUUCCAAAUGAAGUGUCAAAUGUGCGAAGCGUAAACAUUAUUUCUUGCGUGCGUGUGUGUGUCCGUGUGUGUGACGCUGCCACUUGUGACAUGUCAAACCAUUAGUGUACCACCUCCGACAAAAUCCCAGUAGGCCUUGAUGUUAAGAAACCCAAAAAUAAAAACCCAAAAGUAAACAAAAGUUCGCUUGAAAAGUGUCAUUCAUCGUGCUGAUAAAGAUAAACAAAGCUACCACCCACACCAAGGUUCCUGCUCCCCCGGAAGGGACUAACCGACACUGCUCCUCCUCGGGCACUCGACAAAACCAUCCCUAGUCCCUUUCGGGGACCCGCAGCCGGACACAAUGGACGGCGGCAAGAAACCGAUCCCAACGGCCGGUGGCCAGGCUGCCAACAAUGGCGCGGCAGCGAUGACGACGGCCACCGGCGGCGGACAGCAGAACGAGAAACGGGUCGGCUGUGCACACUACAAGCGGCGGGCAAAGUUUGUGACACCAUGCUGUAACAAGUUCUACAUGUGCCGGUACUGCCACGACGAGAACGAGACGCAUUUCUUCAACCGAAAAACGGUCACCGAGCUGAUCUGCACCGAGUGCAACACGCGGCAGCGAGUGCAGGCCGAGUGUGAAAAGUGUGGCGUGCGGUUCGGACGGUACACCUGUCUCGUGUGUAAUCUAUUCGACGACGAGGAUCGUAAUCAGUAUCACUGUGAUGGAUGCGGAAUUUGUCGCGUCGGUGGCCGUGGUCGCUUCUUUCACUGCGAAGUAUGCAACAUGUGCCUGCCACUGCAGCUGAAGUACGAUGGCCAUCGGUGCGUGGAGAAUGUGUCCCGUUCCAACUGUCCCGUCUGCCUGGACGAUAUACACACUUCGCGCAUUCCUUGCCACAUUCCGGACUGUGGCCAUCUGCUACAUCGAACGUGUUUCGAGGAGCUGCUCUCAUCCGGUCACUAUGCUUGCCCCACCUGCCAGACGUCGAUGAUGGACAUGAACCAGCUGUGGGAGUUUCUGGACGCGGAGGUAGCUGCAACGCCCAUGCCAAAGGAGUACGAAAACUAUUACGUUGACAUUCUGUGUAAGGAUUGCCAUAAGGAAUCGACGGUAAAGUUCCACGUGGUAGGUCUCAAAUGUACGCAUUGCGGUGCCUACAAUACCUGCCGGACGAAGACGAAACCAAUCGAUGGAACUAGCAAUGGAAGCAGUGGCAGUGGCGCCCCAGUGCCACUACCACCGCCACGCAUGACCACGACAACGAUGGCGACGGUAUCGUCGUCACCGCACACGCUGCCAACAGCGGCCAGUAGCAUUCUCAAUGAAAACGGCACGACGUUACGAUUGAAUCAUCUGUUGAAUGGCGAAAGUUCUACGACCUCAGCCAACGAGUUAGGAGGACCUAGCACAUCAACGGCACCGUCGGCUUCUUCUUCCGCGUCCUCGUCCUCAUCAUCAUCAUCAUCGUCCUCCACUGGUUCUGCGUCAUCGUCCUCUACGAUGGUGAGCACUGGCGUGUCGCUCACCGGACAACGGAACGGACUGCUCACGGUUCAUAAUGGCUCGCUACUGAACGCCACGCCCGGCCGGAGCAACACGAGCAGUAGCAACAGCUCCAGCAGCUCUUCCAGCAGUACCAGUGGCCGAAGGCCAGCGACCGAUGAUGGCGAUGGCGGCGAUGGUGUUAGCCGUGCAACUGCGGUUGAUAGUAAUGGUCCCGUUACCAAUGGAACCAACAGUAUCGUUGCCAGCACCAACGCUGAUGACGGUGAAAGCUCGGUCUCGCCACCGAUCUGCGACGAUCGUUCCUCCUCGUUCAAUAGCAAUAGUCACGACGGUGCCGCGCAAACCUGAGACUAAACUCCCAAUCCAACCAAGCUGAACCGUUUCGUGCGUUCGUGUUCCACAGCGCCCAUUAGGCUAGAAUUGUUUUGCUGCCACCAAUACACUCAUGUAACCCCUCCAAACUUCUCUCUAUCUCUUCUCUCUCCUCCAGUCUCUCUCUAUCUUGUAGUCCUUUUGUGGCUCCAGGUACCUCUGCCGAUAGGGUAUCAAGCAUAAAACUCAGCGCGAGGAACAAUAGGUUGAGAAGAGAAUAGAAAGUAACGGAGGGGGUUUCACCGGUGUUCAUUCCAAUCAUCGAUGUGUGCGCACGUUGAACGAAGAAAAGUCGCUUUGUGUUCACUUUAUAUUAAGUUGGCGAAAAAGAAAUCCAUUUCCGAACUUGGUCAAAAUUGUCUUAUGCAACCCAUCCCCAGCCACCAUCCGUUUAAGAAAUGGGUCGAUUCCAUUCCAUUUGGUCAAAACUCCGCAGAUGAAGGGUCGGUCGAUCAUGUUUGGUGUUAAUUGGCUACAGUGUCAGCACCAUUAACACUCUGAAACUCACAACUGAAUGAAACAAACAAAAAAUAGUAAAAGAAUGUUUUUUUUUUGUGUGAAGAACUUUGACAACGAGCAUAAACUUGAAAUUGUUUGAUCAUAACAGCCAUCUACCGAGAAAAAAAUGGAUUUCUUUUCCCCCAACCUAAUAUUCGGUCUAAUAUUAUUACGAAACAUUAUCUGUUGAUUUCUGUUACUGUUAGUGUAGUGCGUGUGUACAUUUUACUUUCUCAUGUCCUGCGUCUAUGUCUUUGCGUUGUUAGUUUGUUCUUUUGCAAAGUUUCCUGUUCCAUAAAAUCUGGCACAACUCAAUAUCUCAACUGUCGCCUCCUUUCUGUCUCUCUGUAUCCUGUAUCUUCGCGGUAUGAACUAACGGGAACCGUGUUAGGACGGGUGGAUCGAUUUUAAAACGAUCGUAAACGCCAUGUUUCGUUUUGGGUGCCUAUGUAAGGUUAGGCCGUAGACGAAUGGUGGUAGUAUAUCAGGUGGUCACUCCGCAAACCACGAGCUCGCAGACUAAAUUAUUUUCAAUUGCGCAUCACGUACCGCUAGCCCUGCAGAGAUAUUGGCGCCCAUUCUGGUUUGUAUUUAUUGAUGUUUAAACUGGCUGUAGCCGCGUUCGUUCCUGGUGCACUACAGACAGUAGUGUACCUCGGUUCAGAAACUCUGUCGGUUUUGUUCUGUGCAUAACUUUUUCACAUCUUGCCCUACUUUACCGAGGCCCCUAGGCAAGCUUUACCAUCGCUUCGAACCCAACUGUAAACGACCCAUUGCCUAAGUUACACCUUCUUUACCGUUAGUGUAUAUUUUUGUGAUAAAUUCUUCGCGGUCCGCAACGCGUGAUAUUUGGUCAAAGGUGGAGGAGGAAGUUGCGGGACGGAAGAGAGAUGGUUGCGGAUUGAUUGGGCACAAAGUUCAAGCAGGGAAUAUGACAAAGAAAGAAGCAGUGGUGUAUCUCUCGAUGGAAUUUGCCGGCCGCCCGCUGAACGGAAUCGUCGCGAAGACAACCCCAAACCGUUAGCUACGUUAGUCUCGUAAUAAUGGUCAGUAGACCUGUUCAAGAAAUUUGAAUGUAUCUUAUAAAAAAAGAAAACAAAAUAAAAGCAUACAAUUGGAGAGCAGAAAAGACAAACGUUGGCUCAAUUAUGUGUUGCCGGAUGGGUUGGAGGAUCGAUAGGUUACGAUAAUUUGUUAACCGAGGGUGCUCCUUAUGUAGGAUGAUCGUUGUCAGGUUUUUCUAUCGAAUUUUGAAGAUCGGCGAUGGAAGACCUGGUUUUGUGGAUUCCUAGUUAGUUCAAUAGCGUGAAAAAUCGGUCGAGAGAGAGAGGAAGAGUUGACUUUAAACAUCGCCCACCACUGGUAGGGUGCGUUAAACAGGGAUUCUAAAGCGAUCAAUGCGAUCAAACUACGUAACUACUGGUCGGACCCGUUCCGAUGGGACACUGUCAGCGAUAUAAACCGUGUAACGAAAAAAAGGAAAACAAACCAUUAUGCUAGUAGUAUUAAAUUUGAAACUAGAUUCGAUUCGAACAUAGUUGCUGGAAGAUUACUAAACCCGUUGGCUGUGGUUGGUUCACGGAACGGAAGCGUCACUGAGCCGACCUUGCCAAAGCGUAUUAAGUUAUAGCUUAAAAACUAAUAAACCACACUAAACCACUAAACACGCAGGGAGCGCAAACGAGUCUGUCGGAUGGCUGUCGGUGGGGAAAUACAGUUAUUGUAGCACUGCGUGACCUAUUAGAAGACUUUCGAACGAGUGCUCUCCCAUCGCAGUAAUAAUAGUAAAUGAAUGACAAGAACAGCAUCAUCGAAAGCGCAUCCUUCUGAUGGAACCCACGCACGUGAUGGGGCCGAGACACGU